AGCAGGAAGCGGUCACGUUGGGUUCAGCCCGGACCUCUUUGAUUGUUACACCGUUUGUGUUCCUCGGUUCGGGGCACAGAAGGUAGUUUUGUGUACAUUCGAAAGAAUGGCAUCCUCCAGACCUGGCAAAGGAAAGAAAGUGGUUAGUCAAGACGAACUGCGGCGAUUGAUGAGAGAGAAACAAGGAGAAACCGCGAACAGGAAGAAACGCAUCGACUCGCCGUUUGCUAAAUAUAACAGUCUUGGACACCUAAGCUGCGUGCUUUGCAGCGUGCCCGUGAAAUCUGAAAUACUGUGGCAAACUCACAUCUUAGGGAAACAACACAAAGAGAAAGUUGCUGAACUGAAAGGAGCAAAACAGACUUGCAUCAGUCCAUCUGCCCAUCAGACUCCCACAGCGUCAGUGCUCAAAAGGAAAACAUCAGGUUCUGAAAAUCCACAUCUGAAAAAAAUAAAAGCAAACAGAGAGAUCACAGAUUCACCCUCUUUGGGGGUGCCUGCAGACUGUUUUGAAGUUACUGCUAGUCAGAAGCUCACACCUGGCUCCUCUCAAACGGGGCUUGAUCUCCUGUUUGGAAAUUAUGAUGGAGAUGAAGAUGAAGAGGAAGAUGAUGCUCAGGAGAAAGGGUGGGAUGAAGAUGAGAUGGGCUGUGACAGACCCGUGGCCAGAAGCGCUGCAGGGCAGAAGGGUGUGGAAUCGCCACCUGUGGCUCCCCCGGGGCUCCCAUCAGAUUUUUUUGACAGCAAAAUCCCAUCUGCUCCCGUUGUUUCACACUCUGGGUCUGUCCUGAAGGCUGAAGAACCGGAGAAGGUCAUCGAGAGGAAAGAAAACACCGCUGAAGCUUUACCAGAGGGAUUCUUUGAUGAUCCAGUGAAGGAUGCAAAGGUGCGCAAGGUUGAUGCACCAAAGGACCAAAUGGACAAGGAGUGGGAGGAGUUCCAGAAAGAAAUGCGUCAGGUUAACACUGCCUCUGAGGCCAUCGUAGCAGAGGACGAUGAGGAGGGCCGGCUGGAGAGACAGAUCGAUGAGAUUGAUGAGCAGAUCGAAUGCUACCGCAGGGUAGAAGUGCUGAGAGACAAGCGUGACGUGGCAAAGAACUCAACGAGGAAGAGGAUGGGGGCAGGAGAGAAGGAGGAUGAGGAGGGCAGUGAGGAGGAUGAAGAGGAGCUGCUGAACCUCCUCUCCCGGGAUUGGAGGGCCAAAGGAGUCUUGUCGUAGCACAGUGCCCUUCAUGCAAAUUCCCAGCCUACUCUUUCCACCAGAACUAAGUGUUAAGACCUGAAAUAAAACCA